AUGUGUAGUGGCUUUCUCACACUGUUUAUAUCAUAUAUCUCAUUGUCUCUCUCCCUCUCUUUUGCACUCUCAAUCUGUUUAUUAUUCUCUCUCUCUCUCUCUCUCAGACUGUUCAACUCUCUUUAUUUCUCACUCUGUUCAUCUCUCUUUUUAUCUCUCAGUCUGUUCAUUUCUCUCCCUCUCUGUUUCAAUCUGUUCAUCUCUCUCAAACCAUUCAUACACAUCUCACCCUCUCUCUGUUCAUUUGUCUUUACCUCUCUUUUAUCAUUGUUUGCAUCUGUUUGUCAGGGGAUUUUUUUGUUGUUGUCGUAUCUGUUUCACUAUCUGUCCAACAUGACUCUACAUCUCUCUUUGUUCAUAUCUAUCUAUCUAUCUAUCUAUCUAUCUAUCUAUCUAUCUAUCUAUGUAAUUAGUGUAAAUAUCUAUCUAUCUAUUUAUCUAUCUCAGUCUUCAUAUCUAUCUAUCUAUCUAUCUAUCUCAGUCUUCAUAUCUAUCCAGCUAUCUCAUUUCUCUCAGUUCUUCCUAUUCUCUCUCAUUCAUUCUUCUCUCAUUCCCUUUCAUUCAAUCUCAACUUACAUACAGUUUCUCUCAGUUCUUCCUAUUCUCUCUCAUUCAUUCUUCUCUCAUUCCCUUUCAUUCAAUCUCAACUCUCUUUUUUAUUUUCUUCUUCUUCCUCUCUCUCUCUCUUUCCCUUUUUCAAUCUCAAUUCUGUUUCUUCUCUUCUCUCAGUUUUCUUCCUAUUCUCUCUCAUUCAGUCUCUCCUUUAUUUCAAUUUCAUUCAAUCUCAUCUCACAUUCAUUUUCUCCCAGUUCUUCCUAUUCUCUCUCAUUCAGUCUCUCCUCUCAUUCCCUUUCAUUCAAUCUCAAAAUUCAGUUUCUCUCAUUCUUCCUCAUUCUCUCUCUCAUUCCCUUUCAUUUCUCUCCUCACAAUACUUCUCUCAUUCUUCCUAUUCUUCUCUUCAUUCCCUUUCCUUUCAAUCUCAAACUCUCAUACUUCAGUUUCUCUUUUCUUCCUUUUCUCUCAUUCAGUUCUCCUCUCAUUCCCUUUUCAUCUCAAUCUCACCUCAAACAGUUUCUCUCAGUUCUUCCUAUUCUCUCUCAUUCAGUCUCUCUCUUUAUUUUUCCUUUCAUUCAAUUCACCUCACAUUCAAUUCUCUCCAUUCUUUUUCUCUCUAUCAGUCUCUCCUCUUUUCUUCCCUUUCAUUCAAUCUUUUCAAAUUUUUUCUCUUUUUUCUUCUCUCAUUCCCUUUUCUCAAUUCUUUUUCUUCUUCUCUCAGUUCUCCUUUCUCUCUCUUCUUUCUCUCCCUUUCAUUCUUCUUCAUUUCUUUCUCAUUUUCUCCCUUUCUCUCUCUUCUUCUCUCCCUCUCAUUUCCCUUUCUUCUUCUCCUCCUCUUUUUUCUCUCAGUUCUUCUCUUCUCUUCUUUCAUUCUUCUUUUUUUUUUUUCUCAUUUCUUUUCUUUCAAGAGAUUCUCAUUCCUUUUCUCUCUCAUUCUCUUUCUCUUUUCUUUCAUUUCAAUCUCACUCUUCUUUUCUCAGUUCUUCCUUUCUCUCUUCUCUUCUUCUCUCAUUCCCUUUUCUUUCUCUCUUUUUUUUCUUCUCUCCCAUCUCUCUCUUCUUCUCUUCUCUCUCUCUUCUUUUCAUCAUUUCUCUUCCUCUCUUUCUCUUUUCUUCCUUUUCUCUCUCAUUCUCUUUUCUUUUCUUCCCUUUUUCAAUCUUCUCUCUUUCUUUCUCUCUCUUCUUCUUCCUUUUCUCUCUCAUUCUUCUUCUCUCUUCUUUCAUUUUUUCUCUCCUUUUCAAUUUCUUUCUUCUUCUUUUCUCUCUCUUUCUUUUCUUUCUUUUCCUCUCUCUCUCUCUCUCUUCUCUCUCUCUCAUUCUUCUUCUCUCUCUCUCUUUUCUUUCUUUUCUUCUUUCUUCUCUCACUCUCUUUUCUCUCUUCUUCUCCCUCUUCUUUUUCUCUCUCUUCUCUUCCUUCUUCUUCAAUCUCUUCUCUUUUUCUCUUCUCUCUCUCAUUUCUUCUCUUCUCUUCUUUUUUUCUCUUCUCUUCCUCUCUUUUUCUCCUUCUUCUUUUCUCUCUCUCUCUCUUCUCUCUUUCUUCUUCUUUCAAUCUCUCUCUCAUCUCUCUCUUUCCCCCUUCUUCUUUUCUCUCUCUCUCUCUCUCUCUUCUCCUUCCCUUUCUUCUUCUCUCUUCUUUUUCUUUUCUCUUCUUUUUUUUUCUCUCUCUUCUCUCUCCUCUCAUUCCCUUUUUUCUUCUCUUUCUUCCUUCUCUCUCUCUUCCUCUCUUCUCUUCUUUUCUCUUCAUCUCCUUUCUUUCUUUUCUUCUCUUUUCUCUUCUCUUCAUUCUCUCUCUCUCUCAUUCCCUUUCUCUUUCUCCUCAUUUCUUCUUUUCUUUCUCUCUCUUCUUCUUCUCUUCUUCUCUUUCUUCUCUCUCUCUCUUCCCUUUCAUUUUUCUCUCCUCUCUUUUCCCUUCUCUUCUUUCUCUCUCUUCUCUUUCUUUCUUCAAUCUCUUUUCUCUCUCUUUCUUCUCUUUUCUCUUCUCUUCUUCUUUCCUUUCUCUUUCUUCAUCUAUUUUUCUUUCUUCUUUCUCUUCUCCAUUUCUUCUCUCUUCUCUUUUUCUUUCAUUCUCUUCUCUUCUUCUCUCUUCUUCUCUUCUCUUCUCUCUUUUUUUCUUCCUUCUUUUCUCUCUCUUCUUCUCUCUUUCUCUCUCUUUCUUUUCUUCUCUCUCUCCCCUCUCUUCAUUUUCUCUCUCUUCUUCUUCUUCUUCUUCUCUUUCUUCUCUCUCUCUCUUUCUUUUCAUUCAUCUCUCACCUUUCUUUUUCUCUUCUUUCUCAGUCUCUCUUCUUCUCUCCUUUCUUCAAUUCUUCUCUCUUCAUUUCUCUCUCUUCUUCUUUUCUCUUUCUUUUUUUUCUCUCUCUUUCUUCUCUUCUUCAUUUCUUCCUCUUCUCUCUCUUCUUCUUUUUCUUUUUAUUCUUUCUCUUUCUUUCUUUCUCUUCUCUUUUUUCUCUCUUCUUUCUCUUCUCUCUUCUUUCUUUUUUUCUCUCUCUUCUCUUUUUUCUCUUCUUUUCUCUCUUCUCUCUCUUUCUUUUCUUCUUCAACUCUCUUUCUUUCUUCUCUCUCUCUCCUUUUCCUCUCUCUUUCUUCUUUUUCUUCUUCUUCUCUUUCUCUUUUCUUCCUUUCUUUCUUUUUCUUCUUCCUCUCAUUCUCUUCUCUUUCUCUCUUUCUUCAAUCUUCUCUCUCUUUUUUCUCUUUCUUCUUCUUUUUCUCUCUCAUUCUUUUUUCUUUCUUCUCUUCUCUCUCUUUUCUCUUCUUCUUCCUUCUUUUCUUUUUCUUUUCUCUUUCUCAUUUUUCUUUUCUCUUCUCUCUUUCUCUUCUUUCUUUUUUUUCUUUCUUUCUCUUCUUCUCUUUUUCUCUUCUCUUUUCUUUUCUUUUUCUUCUCCUUCUCUUCUCUCUCUCUCUCUUUUUCUCUUUUUCUUUCUCUUUCUCCUCUUUUCUUUUCUUCUUCUUCUCAUCUCUUUCUCUCUUCCCUUUCUCUUUUCUCUUCUCUUUUUUUUCUUCUCUCUCUCUUUCUCUUUUCUCUUCUUUUUUCUCUCCAUUUUCUCUCUCUCUCUUUCUUCUUUCUCUCUCUCAUCUCUCUCUUCUCUCUUUCUUCUUUCUUCUCUUCUUCUCUUCUCUCUUCUCUCUCUCUUUUUCUCUUUUCUCUCUUUUCUCUUUUUCUUCUCUUCUUUCUUCUUCUCUCUCUUCUCUCUUUUUCUUCUUUCUUUUCUCUCAUUUUCUCUUUCUUCCUCUUCUCUUUCUUCUUUCUUUCUCUUUUUCUCCUUCUCAUCUCUCUUUCUCAUUCUCCUUCUCUUUCUUCCUUUUCUAUUCUUUCUCUUCUUCUUUCUCUCUCUCUUCUCUUUCUUCCUCUCUCUCUUUCUCUUCUUCUCUUCUCUCAUUCUUUCUCUCUUUCUUCUCUCAAUUCCUUUCUCUUUCUCUUUCUCUCUCUUCUAUUCUCUUCUCUUCAUUUCUUCUUUCUCUCCUUUCUUCUCUUCUUCAGUUCUCCUCCUCCUCUUCUCUUCUUUCAAUUCUCUUCUUUCUCUCUUUUCUCUUUCUUCUUCUAUUCUCUCUCCCCAUUUCUUUCUUUUCUUCUCUCAUUCUUCUCCUCUCAUUCCCUUUCUUCUCUCACCUCACUUUCUCUUUCUUCCUAUUCUCUUCUCUCUUCUCUCCUCUCAUUUCCUUUUUUCAUUCUCUUUCUCUCCUCUUCUCUUUUCUCUCAGUUCUUCUCUUCUCUCAUUUCUCUCUCAUUCCCUUUCAUUCAAUCUCACCUCUUCAUUUUCUCUUCUUUCUUCCUUCUUCUCUCUCUCAUUCUUUCUCCUCUCUUCCCUUUCAUUCUCUCUCUCAUUUCUCUCAGUUUCUCUCUCUUUUUCUUUUCAUUUUCUCUCAUUCCUCUUCUCCUUUCUCAUUCUCUCUUCUCUUUUUUCUUCAAUCUCACCUCAAUCUCAGUUUUCUUAAUUCUUCCUAUUUCUCAUUCAGUUCUCCUUUCCCUUUCUUUCUCUUUUUCUCUUCUUUAAUCUCUCUCUCUUUUUCAUUCUCUCUCUUCUUUUCCUCUUCCCUUCUCUCAUUCAAUCUCUUCUUCCUUUUCGUUUCUCUCUUCUUUCCUAAUCUCUUCAUUUUCUUUUCUCUUUUUUCAUCCCUUUCAAAUCAGUUUCUCUUCCUCUUUCUAUUCUUCAAAGUUCCUCUCAUUUUUCUUCAAUUCACCUUCUCUCUCUUCUUCCUAUUCUCUCCUUCCCAUUCCCUUUCCUCAUUCAAUCUCUCUUCAAUACAAAUUCUCUCAUUCCCUUUCUUCUCUCCUCUUCCUUUCCCUUUCAUUCUCUCUUCUAAAUUCUCUCAUUCCCUAUUUCUCUUCAUUUCAGUCUCUCCUCUCUCAUCUCUCCUCUCAUUCCCUUUCAUUCAAAAAUACCUCACAAUUUUUCUCUUCAGUUCUUCCUAUUCUUUCUUCAAUCAUUCAGUCUCUCCUCUCAUUCCCUUUCAUUCAAUCUCACCUCUCAACAAAUUCUCUCAGUUCUUCCCUUUCUUCUCAUUCUUCUCUCCUCUCAUUCCCUUUCAUUCAAUCUCACCUUCACAAACAGUUUCUCUCUUAGUUCUUCCUAUUCUCUCUCAUUCAGUCUCUCCUCUCAUUCCCUUUCAUUCAAUCUCACCUCUCAAACAAUUCUCUCUCAUUCAUUCUUCCUCAUUUCUCUCUCUCACCUUCUCUCCUUUCCUAUUCCUUUCAUCUCCUCUUCACCUCUCAAACAAUUUUUUCUCAAUUCUUUAUAUUCAACAUUGGCGACAGUCUCCUCUCCUUUUCAUUCCCUUCUCUCUCAUUCAAAAUUCAAUCUCAACAAACCCCUUUCAAAUCAUUCAGGUCUUCAUUUCUUCCACCCCUUUUUCUCUCAUUCUUCCUCUCCUCUCAUUCAUUUUUUCAUUUCAAUCUCACCUCACAUACAGUUUCUCUCAAUUCUUCCUAUUCUCUCUCAUUCAGUCUCUCCUCUCAUUCCCUUUCAUUCAAUCUCACCUCACAAACAGUUUCUCUCAGUUCUCUCUCUUUCUCCUCUCAUUCCCUUUCUUCAAUCUUAGAUUUCUCUCAGUUCUUCCUAUUCUCUCUCAUUCAUUCUUCUCUCAUUCCCUUUCAUUCAAUCUCACCUCACAUACAGUUUCUCUCAGUUCUUCCUAUUCUCUCUCAUUCAGUCUCUCCUCUCAUUCCCUUUCAUUCAAUCUCACCUCACAAACAGUUUCUCUCAGUUCUUCCUAUUCUCUCUCAUUCAGUCUCUCCUCUCAUUCCCUUUCAUUCAAUCUCACCUCACAUACAGUUUCUCUCAGUUCUUCCUAUUCUCUCUCAUUCAUUCUUCUCUCAUUCCCUUUCAUUUCAUUCUCCUCAGUUCUUCCUAUUUUCUCUCAGUUCUUCCCCUAUUCUCUCUCAUUCAGUCUCUCCUCUCUCUCAUUUCCUUUCAUUUCCAUCUCAAUCUCAAAAACAGUUUCUCUCAAUUCAGUUCUAUUUCCUUUUCUCUCUCAUUCAGUCUUCUUUCCUUUUCCCUUUCAUUCAAUCUCCCUCUCAAACAGUUUCUCUCAGUUCUUCCUAUUCUCUCUCAUUCAGUCUCUCCUCUCAUUCCCUUUCAUUCAAUCUCACCUCACAAACAGUUUCUCUCAGUUCUUCCUAUUCUCUCUCAUUCAUUCUCUCCUCUCAUUCCCUUUCAUUCAAUCUCACCCCUCACUCACAGUUUCUCUCAAUUCUUCCUAUUCUUUCAUUCAGUCUCUCCUCUCAUUCCCUUUCAUUCAAUCUCACCUCACAAAAGUUUCUCUCAGUUUUCCUAUUCUCUCUCAUUCAGUCUCUCCUCUCAUUCCCUUCAUUCUCAAUCUCACCUCACAAACAGUUUCUCUCAGUUCUUCCUAUUCUCUCUCAUUCAGUCUCUCUCUCAUCUCCUUCCCCUUUCAUUCAAUCUCACCUCACAAACAGUUUCUCUCAUCUCAGUUCUUCCUAUUCUUCUCUCAUUCUUCCUAUUCUCUCUCAUUCAUUCUUCUCUCAUUCCCUUUCAUUCAAUCUCACCUCACAAACAGUUUCUCUCAGUUCUUCCUAUUCUCUCUCAUUCAGUCUCUCCUCUCAUUCCCUUUCAUUCAAUCUCACCUCACAUACAGUUUCUCUCAGUUCUUCCUAUUCUCUCUCAUUCAGUCUCUCCUCUCAUUCCCUUUCAUUCAAUCUCACCUCACAAACAGUUUCUCUCAGUUCUUCCUAUUCUCUCUCAUUCAGUCUUCUCUCAUUCCCUUUCAUUCAAUCUCACCUCACAUACAGUUUCUCUCAGUUCUUCCUAUUCUCUCUCAUUCAGUCUCUCCUCUCAUUCCCUUUCAUUCAAUCUCACCUCACAAACAGUUUCUCUCAGUUCUUCCUCUUCACUCUCAUUCAGUCUCUUCUCACAUUUGCUCUUCAGUCAUCCUCUAUUCCCUUUCCUUCAUUCUUGUUUCAGUCUCUCAAAGUCUCUCAUUCUUUCUCCACCUCACAAGAUUCUCUCUUAUUCAGUCUCUCCUCUACAUUCUUCUCUCACCUCACAAACAGUUUCAUUUUGUUCAUUCUCUCGGUCUCUUCAUUUGCUCUUCAGUCUCUCCUUAUAUAUUGCUAUCAAUCAUUGUCUUUCCGUCAAUUUAUUCAUUCUCUUUCUCGGUCAAACUCUCUCCAGUCUUAUAUUGUAUCAAUCACUCUCACCUUUCAUUCUCUCUUUUUUCAAUUCUCUUUCAUUCACUCUCUUUCUGUCUAUCAUUGUCUGUUCACAUAUCUAUUAUUUCAUUAUAUGCAAAUGGAUGA